AUGAGAGUGGCCGGCCACUCGACUCACCCUUCAUGGGCGGGUCUCUUGACAAUUGGCCUAGCAGGACUAGGAUAUGUCGGUGCUGUUGAUCUGGAUGUCGAAGACGCAGACUCGAUCAAGAAAGCAGCCAAGGAUAUUGCGACCAACAUGAUGACCUACUAUACUGGUAUGAACCCUGGCGACAAUCCAGGUAACUUGCCAGAUCCAUACUACUGGUGGGAGGCGGGUGCAAUGUUCAAUGUCUUGGUUGAUUACUGGUUCUACACCGGGGACGACACUUACAACGAUAUUACCAUGCAAGGCUUGCUUUGGCAAGCGGGCGACAAUGCCGCGUUUAUGCCCAACAAUCAAUCGAAGACCGAGGGAAACGAUGACCAAGCCUUUUGGGGAUUUGCGGCAAUGUCGGCUGCCGAGCGAAACUUUCCCAAUCCUCCAGACGGCAAGCCCCAAUGGCUGGAGAUGGCUCAGGCUGUCUUUAAUACGCAGGCCCCACGAUGGGACCCUUCUACUUGUGGAGGUGGACUGCGCUGGCAGAUUUUUACGUGGAACAACGGAUACAACUACAAAAACACCAUCUCAACAGGUGGUUUCUUCAACCUCGCUUCACGCCUUGCGAAAUAUACCGGAAACCAAACGUAUUCCGAUUGGGCAGAGAAGGCGUGGGACUGGAUUUCCGACGUCGGUUUCAUGACCGAAGAUUAUCACUUCUGGGAUGGAGCGAGUGAUUUGACCGACUGCAAAGAAAUGAACAAGAUUGAGUGGACCUACAACAAUGGGGUUUUCUUGCUCGGCGCAGCAAACAUGUACAAUGUGACCGAGGACCCCAAGUGGAAAGAACGCGUGCAAAAGAUCCUCGACUCAUCCGAGAUAUUCUUCGCCAAGACGCCGCAGAACGUGAUGUAUGAGCGUGCCUGCGAAACGGUCAAUACCUGCAUGGUCGAUCAACGUUCAUUCAAGGGCUAUCUCUCGCGAUGGAUGGCCGCCACCACUCAAAUGGCCCCGUUCACUUUUGACCAGAUUAUGCCCAAGUUGAAGGCAUCUGCGCAAGCUGCUGCCAAAACCUGCACAGGAGGAGCUUUGGGGACUACCUGUGGCUUGAAAUGGACUGAUCAACAAUGGGAUCAUACCAAGGAUUUCGGUCAGCAGAUGGCAGCUCUUGAGGUUGUCCAGGCCAACCUCAUCACUCGCGUUGCUCCGCCUGUAACCAGCGACAAUGGUGGCACUAGCAAGGGAAAUCCUAAUGCUGGAGGGACAGUCCCGGAGCCAAAGCCGAAGGCUCUAUCGUACAAGAUUACCACUGCAGACAGAGCCGGUGCAGGUAUCUUGACUGUCAUGAUGAUGGCUACUCUCGGUGGAUCAUGUGGCUGGUUGAUCUGGGACUAG